AUGCACAUUUGUAUCACAAUCACUGUGCCAAUACUCCACAUCUGGUUAGAUUCCCUCAUGGAGGGCCGCUAUUAUGGACAGACAACAUCUAUCCAUCACCUCAAACCCCACACAGCACCCAUUAAGAGAUAUAAACAGCUUCAUGAACCAAACAGUCAAAAUACUACAAAUCAAUUAUUUUGUUGGAAAGCUCAUGCUGAAACUCAAACUCGUGAUAUUGUUAGAAAUGACUUAGACAAGGCAGUUCAUAUUCAUGAAGAAGUCCAAGGCCAGCCUUCAUUAGAGUCAGAAGUCAUCAAGUUUUCAGAUCAAGAUUCUCACAUGGUUUGGCUUGAACCAAGGCUACAUACAAAAGCUGUGGAAAUGAAUCAGCCAAGCUAUGAGGUGGAGUAUAAUCAUGUGGACCCAAAGGAUUUGACAACAGGAAUCAAAUUUAGAGCAGCUGCCAGUCUGAAAAGUACAGGGUGUGAAGAUUUAACAACCCUCAACACUGUACCACAGCCCAAGAACGUGGAUCUGGAUAUCUGGCGUAGAAUACAAGUGAAAGUGUUCUUACCCCUAUGUUAA